AUGGCAGUUCCUCAGUUCGCACUUCCUGGCGACUCGCUCGCAGCCACAUCGACACAUACACCUAGCACAGGCUCUCACGUCUUUGCCUCUACAAUUCACGCCAGUCUGGCAGGUCCCGUCACCAGCGCCGCACCCUCCAAGAAAACACCUUCGCCCACCGUUAGCGUAAAUUCAUCUACCUCGCCAUCGACCUCCUACACAGCUGCUCUACCAUCCGUCAACGACAUCAUCCUCGGCCGCAUCACACGCACAAACCCGCGUCAAGCCACCCUCGACAUCCUGGCCCUCGGUCCCACAGGCACCCUCGUGCUGCGCGAACCCUUCUCAGCCAUAAUCCGCCAACAAGAUAUCCGCGCCACUGAGAUCGACAAGGUCAAAGUCAACGAGAGUUUUCGCGUUGGCGAUAUUGUACGAGGUGUGGUGAUCAGUCUUGGAGACGAGAGGAGUUACUUUGCGAGUACGGCANAAAAUGAGUUCGGUGUUGUGUUGGCGGUUAGUGAGGGAGGAGAGCAGAUGGUGCCGGUUAGUUGGAAGGAGAUGAGGGAGGUUAACGGAGGAAAGACUGAGUUGAGGAAGGUUGCUAAGCCUGUCUGA